AUGGAAGCUGCGAAAGUGAUUGCAAAAGAUCUUGGGUUCUUUUUGACACAUUCAUCAACCAAAUCAAAUGAUGGCGAGAAGUACCCCCGAAUAUAUCUUCACUGCCAUCGUGGAUAUAAAAACAAUACAUAUGUCCCGGAUCCGGAUAAGAAAGGACGAUCCAAUACAAAGUCACUUAAAGAUGAUUGUCGUUUUCGAGUGAGAUUGGUGGGACUCCCGGAGGAUAAGACUUGGAUGAUUGAUGGUGUGAAGGACAAUCACAAUCCGGGACAAUUUUGUGGGUUUCACAACCAUGCAUUAGAGCUUUAUCCCGAAGGCCACACUCAGAGGAAUGCUUUUACUGAUGAAGAGCUAAAGGAUAUGAAGGAGAUGGAAUAUGCUCGUGUUCCUCCUCGAAAAAUGAUGCAAACUAUCAACCAAAAGUAUGGUACUCACCAUAACAAACGACAAUUUUACAACAUGAGAUUGGACGUUACACCAUGCGAGAGAGAUGGGGUACUACAUUGGCUACAAGCGUGA